UUAUUAUGAAUAAUAAUAAUAAUAAUACGUAUAAAAUAUAAAUUACAACACGACGCCGUGUUUAGCCGUGUAUUUACCGGCUGUUAAUAUCAUUAUUAUUAUUAUUAUUAUUCGAACGCCGUAAUAAUUUCUCCGUCCGCACACCGCACCGCGGCCGCCAUCGUAGUAACUUGUGUUGUUUUGGUACGCAGUACGCGCGCAUUGUCCAAUAGUGCAGUGACGCCAGUCGCCAGUGAGUGCACCACAAGUCACAACUGACUGUUUUGUCAUGACGCGUACCCAUGAUAAAAUUGUUGUCGGAGGAGAAUAUUAUUAUUAUUAUUAUUAUUAUAAUGUCACAUUUUUAUAGUUUGUACGACGCCAAUAUUCUACGAUAUACUCGCGUCGUUCCACGACGUGCACGCGAUUUGAUUUCAAUUUUUUUUUUUUCAUUUUCACAUUUUAAUUUCUCUUUUUGAUUUUAUACUAACUUAAUUUUUAACUCGUCCACAGAGACGUUUUAUGGUUUUUUUUUUUUUUCGUUAUUUUCUAUGCGCCGCGGCCGCGCUCGUUCCAACUCACUGUUUGAUUAGUAUUUGUUGGUCUCUGAUUUAUCAUUUCGUAUCGAGUAAAAGUUGUUUUGGAAACACACAUUGAACUUAUCUCUUGCUGUUGUAUAGCUGCAUCACGGUCGACAAAUACCCAGCUACUACUUCUUCUGCAGUACUGCUACUACUAGGAUUACCGCUACAAUACUACUACUACUACAACAACACUUCUACAGUCUGUGAGAAAGCAAACAUUAAGAAAUCCUAGUUAAUUUUAUUUGGACAUAUACACUUGCCAAAUUGGGCAUUUAGUCAUCACCAUUUAAUGCUCAGGAUACACAAAGCUUGAUAAGACGGCUUAGAUAAUAAAUAAUACCAAUUAAGACAAAUAAGUCAUCAUUAUGAGUGUAAUAAUUAGAUUACAAAAUCUGCCUUGGGCGGCCAACGCCGCUGAUAUCAGGCAGUAUUUCCGAGGGUUGUCGAUACCCGAAGGUGGAGUUCAUAUCGUCGGCGGUGAAAAAGGCGACGUCUUCAUCUCAUUCAGUACCGACGAAGACGCUAGACAGGCUAUGCUUUCGGACGGCGGAUGCAUCAAAGACGUGCAGAUCAGACUGCUGCUGAGCUCACGUAAUGAAAUGCAAAAAGUCAUCGAUACUGCACGACAACAAACCUUAUACAAUGCCUACAUGCAGCAAAAUUUGAUGCAGCAGCCGCAGAUCCCCAUAGUCGGGUCGUUGCCACCGCUGACUGCUAAGGUCUUACCACAGCCACAACAACAGGUGAGGCCCGACCGACUAAAUCCACAGAUGUUACGUAGACCCCCCUUAAUGGAUAACAUGUCGGUACUUAUGCCCCAAGACAAACAGCAACUGAUGCAGCAACAGCUUUUGUCUCCAAAAUCGUCGGAGAGUAGAGAUCGCGACGAUAAAAGUCACAAACGUGGUGACCGAUCUCGAUCGAAAUCCCGAGAGCGGCGUUCAAAGUCGUCUCGUAGUGGAGGAAGUCGACGGGAUAGAUCGAGGUCUAGAGACCGGCGGCGACGGGACAGGAGCAGAGGAAGAGACAGGUCCAGGGACAGGUAUCGCAGUGCAGAUGGCAGGAACUCGACGAGCCGAGGAAGUGGAGGCAAAUCGCAAAGAUCACGGUCGCCGGCUGCCAACAAAGGGACGGACGGCACACAACAACUUCAAAUCAAUCCUUGGGCCUGUCAAUAUGAUAAUAUGCAGCAACAGCCUGUAGCUAUGGCAGUAGAAAACCAUCAGCCAGCCACGAUGAUGAACAACGUAAUGCCCGGCAACCUUGGAGGAUUCGCGCAAUUCAGGACGCCUCCCCAGCCACCUAUCGUCCCCAUAAUUCCUCCGAAUUCCUUUCAUCAACAACAACAACAACAACAACAACAACAGCAACCGCCGUCGUUGAUGAAUAUAUGGACGUCGAGUGGCGGAAACCACUCACAUCUGCAGCAACAGCCGUACGUCCCUGACAACGAUUUUCGCUCAGGCGCAUACGGCGGCGGGGGUGGUAGCGAUGACGAGGACGAUCGACAAACAGAGUUUGACAACAAUUUCCAUGGAAAGUAUAAUGAAAACUCCGGACCGACCAUGAGGAGGGGACCGCCCGGACAAGAUUUCCGUGAACAACGAGGGUUCGGGCCAAACCGAGGAGGUCCACCUAGAUUUCACAAGCCGCAACAGGCCGUGCCACCUGUUGUGGGUCAACACAACCAUGGUGGCGCGAGAGGUCAGCGACCAUUCGACGAGUUUGGUAACGGCAGCGGUGAGCCGAGGUUCAACCAUCAGCAGCAGCAACAGCCACCUAGGUAUGGCGGUCACAACAUCCCCGACGGUGGUGGCAGAGGCAGACAAUCCAGGUUCAGCUCGAUUAAUGAAAAUGGCAAGCCUUCCAGGUUCAAUCAAGUACCACAGCAGCAGCCGCGCAACGAUAAUGACGAAGGCCGGUCCUCCGAAUUCGACGAGUCCUGCAAGAGGAUGCCUCCCCGAUACAACGACCGGUACAGGUAUGACGUUCGGAACGCGCAGGUCCCUCACUCCGAGGGCCUGUGUGUGGAGGUAAACAACAUGUGCAACCCGUUCUCGUAUGGCGACAUCCGCAAACUGUUCGAAGGCAUACACAUUGAUGGGUCGGCUAUCAAGAUCCAAAAGCACCGGCAGGGCGUGGCGUUCGUCCGGUUCGACAGCAACAACAAUAAAAAUUUAGCCAUGAAGGUCAACGGGACCACCUACAAAGGCAACCACGUGGUGGUCAAACACCUGGACGACAAGGCAUACGAGCGAGACAACACGGACGACCGACCGUAUCCGAAAGCGACGGUGCCACCUGUAGUAGUGGACUUUGUGGACGACGAUGACGACGACGACGACGUCGCAACUGACAAGCCGACGGUGUCGUCCGACAAAAAAAAAUCAAACAAGUCCAAGACCGAUGACGAAGGAAGCGACGGCGACGACGACAACGAUGAUCUAAUAGUGUGCGAGAAAAUCACGAACAAGGACGGAGUGUCUGUUGAUGGCGGCAGCGAGGAACAACGGAAGGAUCCGCCCACCAAAUAUCUGAAACUCAAACAGCUUCCGGUCACGGUUGCCGAGGAAGACGUAAUGAACGAGUUCGACGGUGGCACCGACGUGCGCCGCGUGAUUUUUUAUCCGGACGGCGAGUUCAUGGGCGCCGCGCUCGAGUUCACCAGCAUGGAUGCUGCUGAAUCGGCGCUCAAGCGGCACGACUGCGUCUUGUUGGGCUCGACGCCGGUACCCGUGCUGCGGUGCACCUACAAGGAGUACUCUCAGAUCAGGCGCAAAUCCGACGGUGCCGGCGCCGGCGUCGACGACGACAGACGCUUUUCGAGCGACAACAGCAGCAGCAGCCGUCACCACCACCACAGCAGCAGCCACCAUCAUCACCACCACAGCGGUAGCAAUCACCACCAACAGACGCAUAAUCAUCCGGCGGCUGCGUCGUCUUCGCCGGUGGCGCCGCCGCCUCCGAUCGUGUCGGGCUCUGCGCCUGUCAUCCGUUCCAACUGCCUGUACGUGUACGGCUUGCCGACGACCGUCACCAACACGGACAUCACUCAGUUCUUCUCCGACUCCGUUCUGCCCGACAAGAUACACAUCAUGCUCAGCAAGUACGGCCGCCCGACCGGCGAGUCGUACUGCGAGUUCGGCACCGCGCAACAGGCGAACGCCGCCCUCGCCAAGAACCAAACCUACAUGGGGCCGAACCUCGUGGCCGUGGAGCCCAUCAACCGGUCGCUCAUGAUCCAGGCCAUCACCAAGCCGAUGCAGCAGCACUCCAACAGCCAACAGCCGGACUUGCAGUCUUGGGGCGGUGGUGGAGGACCGCCGUCCAGGCAUCAGCAGCACCACCAAAGACCUCCACAGUCUCAGCAGUACGGCGGACCGUACGGCGGCGGCGGCGGCGGCGGUCGACCGCAGCACCAACAGUUUAACAACAUGAACAACGGUGGGGGCCGCGGCGGCGGCGGCGGUUACACGCCCAGGAUACGCGGUCCCGGACCCGGUCCGAACACCGGUCCCGACGGGUUCGGGCAGCCCGGGUGCGUGGUGGCCCUGGACAACGUGCCGUACCGGGCCGACGUCAAGCAGAUCGUGAAUUUCUUCGAAGGUUUCGAACUGCACAGCCAGAACGUGAUCCGGCGGUUCAACGAUUUCGGCAAGCCGACCGGCGAGGCGCGCGUCAACCUCAGGAACCCGCAGGAUGCCGCUCGGGCUGUCCGGGAACUGCAGAAUAAGACUAUUUUCAACAGGCCGAUCCAACUGACGCUCCUGUAAAUAAUUCCGUAACGAUCGACAAUGUCGUUGUCGUUGUUGUUGUUGUUGUUGUUGUUGUUAUGGCGGCCUCGUGGACGUCAUAAUAAUAUGCGUGCGCGACGAUGUAGCGUAUAUAACAUUAUAUUUUACGUAAUUCGUGUCAACCGUUUUCCCCAUACUAUUUUGCUAAAUAUAAUUUUAUUUUUUUGUAAAAAAAUAAGAGAUUUACUAUUUGUAUCGAUUUUCUAUUUAUUUUGUUCGCUGUAUUUUUACACUGUCGUAAACGUAUAAUUUUAUUAUAACGAAUUGUAAUUUAAUUUAAACAUGAUGUAUAAAUAUCUAAUUUAAUAAUAAUAUAUUACUUAUGCGCAUGUUUGCAGUACGAAUACUAUGAAAUAAAUAUAUAUGUACCUAUACCAAUAAAAUGAACCAAAUUAAAA